GAUCACUUUGAUUGUACCAAAGAGAACAAGGAAGCAACAUGUGCCGAUAACUAUACAAGUAGUCUGAUCACAGCAAUAUAGAGAGGAAAUAGAGAAAACAGCGUCAUUACACUGGAUAUUUAAAAUACUGCGGUUAUUAGACAGAAACGAUGAAGAGAGAGGUAAACGCUGGGGUGAAUUUCCUGAGACGCCUAGCUGUGGAGCGGGGUGGCUUGGAUGGAACCAAAGCUGACGCUUUUGCUGGAAAGUUGCGGCAACUUCUGUGUGACAAAUUCAAAGACCACUGGUACCCCGACAACCCCAACAAAGGACAGGCAUUCAGGUGCAUCAGGGUAAGCGAGGGGGUGCCGUGUGAUGAGGAGGUGCUGAGGGCGUGUGAGGAGAGCGAGCUCAAACCCAGCGAGCUGGGCCUCCCAUGCGAGAUUGCGCUGUGGAUCGACCCACUGGAGGUGUGCGCACGGUCAGGGGAGAACAGCAGGUACUUCACAGUAGCUCGUUUCAAAGAAGGAGAAGAGGAGGAUGAGGACUAUGUGAAAGGAGACAAAGAUGUCGACCUGGAUACGUCCGACUACCACUCCGGCACCUCGUCUGACUGUGGCUCUGCUGUCUCCAGUGACACAGAGGAGGAGGGGAUGGAUGGAGAGACGGAGGGAAGAAAAGAUGAGGAGAAGGAGAAAGAGGGAAAGAAAGAGAAGGAAAAGGUGGAGGGCAAACCUUGUGUGAUUGCCAUGAUGCCCAGGGUUCGGGACUGGUUCAGGGUCGAGCAUGCUCAACAGAAGGUCAACAAAACACUGCUCCAGCCCACCUCUCAGCAGUACUUCUACCACCCUGACCCUGUGUGGCCCACAACGUACAAGAAGAAGGGUCCUGUGUUCCUCACCACAAUAUACGCGCCUCCACCUCCGCCUCCCCCAGUGUUCGGCUACUACGUCCUGCCCCAGCCAACCCCGCAGUUCAUCAUGCCUUAUGCCACUCUGCAGCCAUGGGGGGCUGUGAAGAGCUAAACCAACUGGUUGGAGAGGGGGAGGUAAAACUGCCAUUUUACCUAUGAGCCUAAUUAUGAUGGGUCUAUGCAGGUUUUUGAAGGUGUGGGUGAGGCGCAAUUAAGAUAGUUUGACAAAAUAUUUGAAGGGUUAGCGGGGAGCACAACUUGAUUCAUUAUAUACGUUUUUGAUUGCUGUACACUUCAUUUUCUUAUUUUUGGUGAGAAUUGGUUUUGGGGAUUUCCUCAAUGUAACUUUCUUAGGUAGAAUUGCCACUGAAGUAAGCAGGGAAUAUACUAAAACAGGGUUUAGCAAAUAUUGCUACAGGCACUUCCCUAAGGGCUGCCAGUAAGUUUUGGUUUAGGGUAAUCCACUGAUUAAAAGUAGUCUGUUCAUAUUGCUGAAGUGUCUAGAGUAGGCCUGCUAGACAGUGUGUUGCAGAUUGACUAGUUUAGUGUGAUACUGUAUUCCAGUGGUAUUCAACUCUUACCCUACGAGGUCCGGAGCCUGCUGUUUUUCUGUUCUACCUGAUAAUGAAUUACACCCACCUGGUGUCCCAGAUCUAAAUCAGUGUCUGAUUAGAUGGGGAACAAUGAAAAAAAAGCAGUGGAACUGGCUUCAAGGUCCAGAGUGUAGUUUGAGGGCUGUAUUCUUUCAUUGGGUGCUCAUACCAUCUCAGGAAUCCUCAGCAAUAAGCAGAAAGCCAAAGCUUCUUUGGUGAUUUUAAAUAUUUUUGUAAAUAUUAUAGACUACCUUUUCAUCUUUCACUAAAACACUUCUGGUUUUUGUUUCUACCUGGUAGUUAAUUGCACUCACCUGGUGUCCCAGGUCUGAAUUAGUCCCUGAUUAGAAGGAGAGGAUGAAAAACAGUAGUGUUUCGGCCCUUCAGGACCAGGAUUGGGCAGCCCUGCUAUAGACAGUAAUGAUAUGCAGUUACAUGUGGUAACAUAUGUACCGUGUCUCUUGUGUUCUCAGAAGCUGCAUCUAACUGCAUAUCAUUACAAUAUAAUGUAUCAAUACAAGACAAUAGAUUACCACAAGCACUGUACAGUAUAAGAAAUGGUAUUCUGGAAUCCAAUCAAAUGUUACUAUUUUUGACAAUUCACUGUGAUUGUAAACUGUAUAUUUUAUCUGUCAAGCACAAAACUCUCUCUAUUUUAUAAUAAUUAACAGACCAACCAGAAGCUUUUUGUACAUACUGUAACCUAUUAAGAAAUAGUAAUUAUCAACCACAUUAGUUUUUUUUUAAAAUCUGUUGUAAUUUAUUUUUCACCUGUGGGUGGUACCAAAAUCACUGUUGUAAAGUCAAAUUCCAAGCAUAUUUAUGGCUAUAGUCUAUUUUAUAUAUCUUGAUAAAGUUUGUAGUGUUGGUGCAUGUAUGAUUUUAAUAAUUAUUUGUUUAUAAUUUCCAUUUUUAUAAAUCUUUAGUUUGCUAAAGGCCAGAUUGAAGAACAAUCUGGCCUUUAUGGCGAUGUACUCUUAUAAUCGCCACCCGGCACAGCCAGAAGAGGACUGGC